UUUUGUAAACAGCAACUGUCACGUCUAAACCUGCCAGUCAUUACAAAUUCCAUUUGAAAGUCGCCGAAUAGGAUAAUUUCCAGUUCUAGAAGAGACUAAAUCAUACCAACAACACGAUGACUCUAGUGCGCGCUAUCGAAGACGAGACCCAUUUCCAAACGGAAUUAACUAAUGCGUCCGCAAAACUGGUCAUCGCCGAUUUUACGGCUACAUGGUGUGGGCCUUGCCAACGCAUGGCUCCAGUCUUCCAGCAAUUGUCCACCAAGUAUGCAAAUGCUGUAUUUCUGAAAAUUGAUGUGGACAAGUGCCAGGACACUGCAUCUAGUCAAGGUGUAUCAGCCAUGCCUACAUUUAUCUUUUAUCGUAACAAGGCAAAGAUUGAUAGAGUCCAAGGAGCUGAUCCAGCUGGUUUGGAAAACAAAAUCAAACAGCAUUAUGGUGAUGGUGACACAUUGGAAGGUGAAGGAGUGGGUGGACAUAUGGACUUGGCUCCAUUCAUUAUGAAAGCGCAAUGUGAGUGUUUGAAUGAGAGUGACGAUCAUCCGCUUGUUCAUGCGUUACAAGCUGGUGGUGGAGUUUUGCAAUCUGAUUGUGAUGAACAACUUAUUAUUUCGAUAACAUUCAAUCAAGCGGUGAAAAUUCACAGCUUGAAGUUCAAGGCACCAACUGACAAAGGGCCGAAAACGAUCAAGAUCUUCAUCAAUCAACCACGCACGCUUGAUUUCGACAUGGCUGAUAGUAAUACAUGUGUCCAAGACUUGGUGAUUGCUCCUGAAGAUUUGGAUGGAAGUCCGAUUUUGCUGCGUUACGUAAAGUUCCAGAACGUGAUGAACGUUCAGUUCUUCGUCAAAGAUAACCAGUCUGGCGGAGAGGUAACUCAAAUCAAUCAUUUUUCGAUCAUUGGCUCACCGAUCAACACCACCAACAUGGGUGACUUCAAGCGGGUGGCUGGCAAGAAGGGCGAAAGCCACUAGUGUCAAAUAAGUGAAUGUGGUUUGUAAUCUAAACUUUUGUAAUGUUUGGUAUGAUUUACUGAUUUGUUUGUUUCGAGUAAUAAUUAUUUGAUUAUCCAGAAAUGAUCAGAGCUAGUAGAUUGCAUUUAACCAGCUGAGAUGAUAAAUAAAUUGAAAGUUUAAUCAUA